UACAUUACAUUACAGGCAUUUAGCAGACGCUCUUAUCCAGAGCGACUUACACAACUUUUACAUAGCAUUUUACAUUGUAUCCAUUUAUACAGCUGGAUAUAUACUGAAGCAAUGCAGGUUAAGUACCUUGCUCAAGGGUACAACGGCAGUGUCCUUACCCGGCAAUCGAACCUGCGACCUUUCGGUUACAAGCACAGUUCCUUACCCACUGUGCCACACUCCGUGGCAGUCAGGUAGCGGCCUUCCAUUUUCUGGCUCAGCCUGGCGGCCAAACAAAACUUUAUUCCUGGCUCUGGGGGGAUACAACACUAUAGUGCACACACAUCAAAACAACCGCAACACACAUAGCGUGGCUUUUAAUUUAAAAACAUUAAAACGCAUCAACAAGAACGGGCCAUUUAGCUCAUCUAAAACAUAAGAACAUAAGAAUACAUACUGAGGAGAACAGGCCAUUCAGCACACAGGUCACCUGACCAGUGUGUCAGAGUCACCGUUCCUCACUUUCUGGAGUCCACAGUCCAGAGCGGUUGGAACAUCUGGACCAGGAGGGUGCCAGCUUGAUGGGGGUGGGGGUGGGGGGGGGAGUGUUAGUCUGCCAUGUUCUUGGUGGAGAGGAUCAAUCAGAUGUUAGUAAUUGUGUGUGUAUUCGUCAAAGUGACUACAGACACACGAACAGAACUCGGCUGAAAACAAGGAGUGUUUUUAUUCACCUUUCCUGUAUAUCAUUUUCAGAUCAACUGUAGUUGCGCAUGAUUACCACUAGGUGAACAGUUUCCGACGGGGAAGAGCAGAGAUUUGGGCCGAAAUUAGAAACAGUACUAUGACUUGCAGUUUGUUCUGACAGCAGUAAGUGAAAGUGAAACUAAACUGCAGGUUUAGCUGAAGUCAUUACUGAGCUCAGAACAGACUGGGACAGAAUGGCAUCAGGAUCUUCUCCCCUGGAAGAGGAGCUCUCCUGUCCUGUUUGCUUUGAAAUCUUCAGGGAUCCUGUUGUCCUGAGUUGCAGUCACAGCUUCUGUAAGGCCUGUCUGCAGAAGAACUGGGAGCAGAAGGGAUCUCGGGAGUGCCCAGUGUGCAGGAGAAGAUCUUCGAAGGAUAAACCUCCCCUUAACCUGUCUCUGAGGAAUAUCUGUGAGGCGUUCUUAAAGGAGAGAAGUCAGAGAGCUAAAGCAGGAUCCGAAGUGCUCUGCAGUCUGCACAGUGAGAAACUAAAACUCUUCUGUUUGGAGGAUGAAAUACCCGUCUGCUUUGUCUGCCAAACUUCAAAAAAACAUGCAAAGCACACAGUGCGACCAGUUCAGGAGGCUGCAGAGGAGUAUAAGGAGAAACUCAGGCCUGCACUGGCUCCACUGCAGGAGAAGCUAAAAGCCUUUAAUGCAGUGAAACUAGUCUGUGAUCAAACAGCAGAGCACAUCAAGAGCCAGGCCCAGCACACAGAGAGGCAGAUAAAGAUGGAGUUUGGAAAACUUCAGCAGUUCCUAAAAGAUGAAGAGGCAGCCAGUAUCGCUGCACUGAAGCAGGAAGAGGAGCAGAAGAGUCGGAUGAUGAAGGAGAAGAUUGAGAAGAUGACAGAAGAGAUAUCAUCCCUUUCAGAACAAAUCAGAGCCAUAGAACAGGAGCUGGGAGCUGAAGAUGUCUCAUUCCUGCAGAGCUACAAGGACACAGAAGGCAGAGCCCAGUGCACACUGGCGGAUCCAGAGAAGGUCUCAGGAGCGCUGAUUGAUGUGGCCAAGCACCUGGGCAAUCUGAAGUACAGAGUGUGGGAGAAGAUGCUGGGGACUGUUCAAUACACUCCUGUGACUCUGAACCCAAACACAGCACAUCCCCUCCUCUCCCUGUCUGAGGAUCUGACCGGUGUGAGACGCAGUGAUGAGAGACAGCAGGUUCCUGAUAAUCCAGAGAGAUUUGAUACAAGUUUUUAUGUGUUGGGAUCUGAGGGAUUCAGCUCAGGGAGGCACUGCUGGGAUGUAGAAGUGGGGGGUGAGAACUGGAUUUUGGGAGUUAUUAAAGAGUCCGAAAGCAGGAAAGGGGUUGUGCAGUCAAGAAAAAGUCCACUUAGUCGGUUAGAUCUGAUUUUAUCGCUUCGUGGAUUCUUUGACAGAGACAGUGCUUUGAUCUUCCCAUGUACAGCUCUCACUGUGCAGAGGGAACCCCAGAGGGUCAGAGUGCAGCUGGACUUGAGCAGGGGGGAGGUGUCACUCUCUGACCCCAGUACCAACACCACUCUCUCUACUUUAAAUUUUUUAUUCUCUCAGAAAGUCUUUCCAUUAUUUGGUCAUGAAGCAAAAGGCUCACAUUUGCAGAUCUGUCCACUGAAGGUGUCUGUAACAGUGGAAUAGCACUGAGGGAUUGUGGGUAAAGAGCAGAUCUAAAUGAUUCUGUGUUUGCAGACAGUAUUGGCAUUCAGAUAUUAAUCUAGUAAAGAAAUGUUUAUUUAAUGAUAAGUGUGUUGUUUCUUUGACAUAGUCUCAUAAUGUUAAUUUAGUGAGUAAAGCAUUUAAUUGUGUGUUGAGCUGAUUGGUCGUACCUGCAGCACAGUACCCCCUGAGUACAGAGGAAAGUACAGAGUCUCAGAGCACUGCAGGGAGAUCAGAGCUUUUCACUGCUUACCUGCAUCAUGGACCAGCACUGCAUGGUUACUGAGCAACAUGAUAGAACAUCAUCAGGCAAGAGGUCCUGCUGUACUUAUGAAACACUGCACAAAUAAACUUCUGUAACUCAUCAACAUAUGCAGUCUGUCUGUCUGUCUGUCUGAGUGUGUGUACAGUCUGUCUGUGUGUAUCUCUGCAUGCAGUCUGUCUGUCCAUCUGUCUGUCUGUAUCAGUGUAUGCAGUCUGUCUGUCUGGCUGAGUGUGUAUACUGUCUGUCUGUCUGUCUGUCUGUCUGUCUGUGUGUAUCUCUGCAUGCAGUCUGUCUGUAUGCAGUCUGUCUGUCUGUCUGUCCGUCCAUCCGUGUGCCUGUCUUUCUGUGUGCAGUUUGUCUGUCUGUCUAUCUGUCUGUCCAUGUGUCUGUCCGUCCCUCCGUGUGUCUGUUAGUGUGUAUCUCUGUAUGCAGUCUGUCUGUCUGUCUGUAUGCUGUUUGUCUGUCUGUCUGUCAGUGUGUAUCUCUGUAUGCAGUCUGUCUGUCUGUCUGGAGCUGAUGUGUCUGUAUUGUGGGUAGCUUGUUUGUAAACAUGGGCAUUUGUGUUAUAGCAGGUGAGAGAGCUCCUCACUAACUUUCAAAUCAGCAGAAAACCUGGACCUGAGAGAGAAUAGUUUUCAGGAUGUUGGUGGCGA